GUGGAUGUGUACCUGCAGCAAUUGGGAGGAAAGCCCGCCAUCUACCUUUUUUCGCCGAUAGAGAUGGAUGCUCUGGUCAACCUCUCACUUGUGCCCUCGUGGAGAUUUUCGACUAUAUAUCCCAUCGUACCAACCAAAUCGACUGCAUUGAGCCAUGAAACACUCACUUGGAACGUACACGUGUAUGGCGACGGUAGUCUGACCGAGAAGACUACCGGGCUUGACGUCGCUUACCUGUAUUGGGAAGCUCAUACCAAUUCAGACGCUCCGCCUUCCCCGCCGCCAUCACCCCUGCCCGGUCAGAACGCUUCAAUCGAACAUUUCUGCCCGAAUUCCAGCGAUCUCGACGACCACAACGCGGUCGUACUACCGGUCGCUAGUCUCACUCCGUACCUGGAUAAAGCGCUCAAGUCUCUCGGUCUGCAUACCGAGGCGCGAACCUCUUUCAUCACUUACUGGCUUCCCUCGUUCCUCAAACACAACCACAUCGCUCUUCGCUUCGUCCCUCAAGCGGCAUACGAACGCGCAGCGCCACUCGAUAUCUCUCCGGCGCCCGCCGUCUCUACCCGAGUAUUCAUGCUCUUCAAAGGUGUCUGUGAAGGGAACUUGGAUCUCUGGCAAGAAGCGCAAGCGCGCGCGGACGACGAUGUGGCGAUGUGGCGCGAUGUUGUUGGUGUCGAUAUUGAGAAAGCGUCGGAUGAGACGCUGUUCAGAGUUUUAGAGUGGGGUGGGAUGGAAGUUUUGCGC